GUUCAAUCGCUAAACUACAUGCAUGCUACAAUAUUCCAAAGAGUUAUCCAGGCUGUGGAGUUAGAUUUGGGUGGCCUUUAUUUUGUGUAUGGUCCGGGGGGCACUGGUAAAACGUUUCUGUGGUCAGCUGUAAUAUCAAAAUUAAGAAGUGAGGGUAGAAUAGUCCUAGCUGUUGCAUCAUCUGGUAUAGCUUCUCUUUUAAUGGACGGUGGAAGAACUGCACAUUCGCGCUUCAAAAUACCGAUCAAUAUUGAUGAAUUUAGUUGUUGCGAGAUUAAACAAAAUACAUACUUGGCAGAGCUGAUAUGUGAAACUAGCUUAGUCAUUUGGGACGAGGCCCCCAUGACUCAUCGUCAUGUAUUUGAGGCGGUUGAUAGAACCUUUCGGGAUAUCCGGUCAAAGGUGAAUCCAAAUGCAUCCUCAUUACCUUUUGGAGGCCUCACAAUGCUUCUUGGAGGUGAUUUCAGGCAGGUUUUACCGGUAGUCCCCAAAAAGGGAAGAGAAGAGAUUGUGGGUGCAAGUAUUAGCAAGUCAGCUUUAUGGGAAAAUUGCACGAUUUUCAGAUUGGUUGAAAACAUGAGAAUUGACAAAGACGUCCCUCCAAUUACAAUUGAUGGAGUUCAAGUACCAUUUCGAGAUUGGGUAUUGGCGGUAGGUGAUGGUACUGAAAAGGCCUAUGCCUUCAACGAUGAAAUAGAUGGCUCAUGGAUUAAGAUUCCAGAAGAGGUCUUCCUGAGAGCUGCUGGCGAUCCGCUGCAAACAAUGGUGAAUGAAAUAUAUGGCCAGCUCGGUGGGAGUCAUGAGCCAACAGAAUAUAUUCGGGACCGGGCAAUAUUAACACCAUUAAAUGAAUAUGUGGAGGCGCUCAAUAAUGAGGUCCUGCACAGACUGCCGGGAGACUUGAAAAUUUACAGGAGUUAUGACAGUAUUUGUAAGGGCGCUUCAACGGCCGCUGACGAAAUUUUAUAUCCUCCGGAAUACCUCAACUCUUUGAAAUUCAGUGGGCUACCAAACCACGAACUGCAUGUUAAGGUUGGUGCCCCUAUAAUGUUGCUGCGGAACCUUAAUCCAAAAAAGGGCCUGUGUAACGGGACCAGGCUGAUUGUAACAAGAUGUUACCAAUUCCUGGUCGAAGCACGAAUAAUUACAGGUAGUAAAAUUGGAGAGAUCACAUAUAUACCAAGGAUUAGCAUGUCACCAGCUGACAAGUCGUUUCCGGCAGCGGUUAAACGAAAACAGUUCCCAAUAGCUGUCUGCUACGCAAUGACCAAAAUUAAAAGCCAGGGCCAAACAGUCAGGAAUGUAGGCCUGUACUUGCCUAAGCCCGUCUUUAGCCACGGUCAGAUCUAUGUUGCGGUCUCCAGAGUGACAUCACCAGAAGGCUUGAAGAUCCUUUGUGUGGAUGAAGAGGAAAAGCACAUCGGCUUUACCAAGAACAUUGUGUACAAGGAGAUAUUUGACAAUUUAAAGUGUGCAGAAAACACGGUACACGAAGAGCAUACAUAACACUGCCGGCCUUACAUAUUCAACACGGUAAACAACAUCAGAU